AUGUUGUAUAGAUUAUUACUAGUUAUUUGUUGUUGUAUCCUUGUCCAACUACUUGGACUUUCAACCUCGGAGAGUUUGCCACUAUGUCCUCCAGCCGAUGCCGAUCAUAUUCCAACUUGUCCCCCAUCAACUCAGACCAAUACUGCCAAUAUUGAUUGGGAAUUAGUCAAUAACAGCAUCAUCAUGUGCUAUUCUUCCUACUGUUGCUGGUCAUCUCUGUAUCCCUGGACUUGUCCUGAUUCAAUAUGUGGUGGAAACCCAUUCUUUGAAACUCUAGAAGUUAAAGAAGUGGUCAGUCCUGCAGAUCCAACUGGUUUCUCUUUCAAAGGAGGAUUGCAAUAUUUCGUGGCUAAUCAAACAGACACUGGAACAUUUUAUCUUGUAUUUAGAGGGUCAGAUGAUAAGGUAAACUGGUUGACUGAUUUGGCAUCCCUGAUUCCUGAACAUUAUCCAUCUUCAAAUGAUCCCGAAAAGGUUGGACUUGGAUUCAAAGAUGCUUGGCUCGAUGUCAAACAACAUGUCGUUGCUAGUCUCAGAGACUCUGGAUGCGUAGAAAGAUCAUCAUGUAAUCUUGUAAUCCUUGGACACAGUCUUGGAGGAGCCAUUGCAACAUUGGCUGCAUAUGACUUUGCAUAUGAAAUUGGAACCCAAAACUUUUGGGAUAUCAAUGUGAUGACAUUUGGGUCACCUCGGGUUGGUAAUUGUGCAUUCCAAAGUAAAUAUGAGAAUGCUGGAAUCAACAGUUUGAGAUUUGUCAACUACAACGACACAAUUCCUCACUAUCCAUACUCUUACCCCCAUUUCGGCCUCGAGUAUGUCCACGUCAAUGAGGAGGUUUGGAUGGACAACCCUGAAUCUCCAUGGCAAAAUGUUACGUGCCCCACUACUGAAGAUCCAAAUUGCAGUCGCAGUGUCAAUAUCUGUUCAUUGGUAUACAACGUCGAACACAUCAAUGAAACCCUCUGGGAACAUCGUCGAUACAUGGGAUAUGACUUGGAGACAUUUUGUGAUGCCUGGGUUCCUGUCAUUGAUCAAUGUCCACCCAACCCUCAAAACUACACUUCCACACCGACAGUCACCGAGACACCAACACCAACACCAUCGGCCACUCCAAAUGUCACAGUGACUCCUUCCCCUACCCCCAAUCCGUUCCAAUUCCCCAUCAUCUCUCAAAAUAUCACUUCUAAUUGGUUAACUUACAUCAACGUAUGGACCUGUUGA